AUGACGGGCAGCGGUCAAGGAAGGGCAGAGGUCAUGGAAGGGCAGGGGUCAUGGAAGGGCAGAGGUCAGAAAAGGGCAGCGGUCAAGGAAGGGGAGAGGUCAUGGAAGGGGAGAGGUCAUGGAAGGGAAGAGGUCAUGGAAGGGCAGAGGUCAGGGAACGGUAGAGGUCUGGGACAGGCAGAGGUCAGGGACGGACAGCGGUUAGGGACGGACAGCGGUCAGGGAAGGGCAGAGGUCAGGGAAGGUCAGUGGUCAGGGACGGGCAGAGGUCAGGGACGGGCAGAGGUCAGAAAUGAACAGAGGUCAGGGAAGGACAGCAGUCAGGGAAGGACAGCAGUCAGGGAAGGGGAGAGGUCAGGGAAGGACAGCGGUCAGGGAUUAUCCAUGUUCCGUAUCUUCAUCAUAUCCUGUAAAGUUUAG